UCACAAUCUCACAUACCCUUCACACAUGGCCGCCAUGGCCUUAUCAAGGGUUUCUCUGACCAAGCCCUGCAUUCUACGCCCUAGCACCCACCAGAUUCCGGCCAAUCUUUGCAAUUUCCGGCCAAAUAUUCACUCCUUUUCGGCAAAGAGAAGUUUUAUGGUGCAAAGUGCAGCUGAAUCCUCGUCUGAAGUUACAGUUGAGAGCACAUCUGAGACGCCUGCUGAGACUUCGAGGAAAUCUCCAUCUCUCAUAUCAGCAGUCAAUGUUGAGAAGGCUCUUAGAGGAAUAGCCAUAACUGAUGUGGAUCAUUAUGGCCGGCUUGGAAUAGCUAGGGGAACACCUUAUGAUCGGGUCACUGUUGCAUACAAAGAGAAAUGUGAAGAUCUAAGGAGUCAAGGAUUGGAUGAAGAGGAAACAGAUAAAGAGUUGGAACUAUUGAAGGAGUCUUAUGCAAUUCUAUCAUCUGAAGAAGAAAGGAGGUUGUAUGAUUGGAGUUUGGCAAGGAGUGAAAACCCAGGUCGAUAUGUCUGGCCUUUUGAGGUUGACAUAACCCAAGCCUCCAACAUUCCUCCACCACCAAAGGUGUGGAUUAUCCCCUCAUUGUGGGAGUGCAUGGACAUUUUGUCGAACCCGAAGAUACAGGACCAACAAAGCUGGUGGGAUACUUUUUUAUUGGAUGGUUGGUCUUAUCCUUUGCAAUGUCUAUCGCACUCCAUUGACAAGGAAUGGUCUCCACUUUUUAUGCAAGUCAACAUGCAAAAGUAGCAAAGGAGCCCUUCUAUGAUGACCACAACCCUUUCCAGGAGUUCCCGGAAUGUUGUGGGAUUGCCAACAACCAAAUUCAGGGUAGUUUUCAUGUUCAUCCUGCUAAGGUAGGUCUGAACAGCAUUUGCUUUAGACAUCAGAGACCUGGUGCUAAUACACGAGCACCUCCAACAAGUUAUGAAGUCGAUUGAGGGCCAUCUCUAGGCUCUACAAAGGAUUAGUGAUAACUGGAGAUGAGGCGCUGGGCUCUGGGCUAAUGUCCUCGACUGGAGAGGAGGGACCCAUUGCCCUUUAUUCUGGCAAAUGCAUGGAAGCUACAAACUUUUGGCGAUUUGUUUGUGCAGCUCAGGGCCGUGCGCGCUGAUGGUGGGUGUUGACUUUCGCAAUAUGGCUUAUGACCAGGUUAUUGGUUGUCUUCUUGCUUUUCUUAACGACAUUGCAAGAAACCAUAUCUCCUCCAACUGCUCCAUAGCUUGGUCUCCUCGGGAAGCCCUCUCAGAAUGGCGCUCGAGGAUUUAAAAGCAUAGACCGUGCUCUUUGCCACAAUCUCUGAUUGAGUUGGGAUAAUUUGUUCCUCGUAGUCUCAUGCCCAUGCUUAUAUGUAAUGUGCUGUUCAGCACGAGUCGAGGAACGGCACUUGGCUAGAGUGCUUUCAUAGCUACCUUUUUGAGUUACGAGCUGAGUAUGGCUAGAGUGCUUUCAUAGCUACCUUUUUGAGUCAAACCCCCUUGACACAACACUCGAGCAGCAAGAUGCACCACCCAACCAGCAUCAUGCACCACCUAGCCUCACGCACCUAGUGCACCUAUGCUACUUUGAGGCUAUUAGCGUCUACUCCCAGUGCUCCAAGUUUUAACACUAUACUCCUAUGUGAAAGGGAGGUGUGAUCCUUGGAUUAAGAGAAGUUGGUAUCAGCCUAAGGCUCUGAUACCAACCGUUAUGGGGUCAAAUGUUUGCUUAGCAUCGUGUGCCCUUAAUUUUUAGCUAGACUGCUAAGGAUCAAGUUCAGCCUUUCCUAUGCGCACCGAGUACUAGCGCACACACACACCACCCACACAAGCACAACAAGGGAUCCAUAGCCCACUUUUAUUAAAGCUGUAUGAUUACAAUGCGCAUAAGCAAAAGUACUAUAAACUACAAAGACAAUCAAAUACAAGUACGAACAUCCAAAAUAUGUAAAACUCAAAUGCUAGGAUAAUGCAAGUAAAAUAAUUUAAGGUACUAGGUUUAAAAAUUGAGGUUGAAUGUCAUGUUGUCAAUGGCAAAAGAUUUAGGGCCGGUUUGGAUGUACCUAAAAUUGGAAUAUUUUUGGAUUGCAAUCCAAAAAUCUUUUGAAAUGGAUUUUGACCGUUUGGACAUCUGCACACUUUUGCCAGAUUUUUAGAUUGAAAGAAAAAAAAAUCUAGUACUAAGGUAAAAAAUGUCAUCCAAAAAAAUUCAACUUAAGACUUGAAUUAUUUUAGCUUGAGUUGCGUUUCACGCCUCUCUCUCUCUCUCUAAGUCUCAUGCUCUUUCCUCUCCUCCCUGCGAAACCUUUCUCUCUCUGCACCCAAUGGCCAUGGCCCCAAACUUCCUCUCUCCCAUCGGCCCAAACUUCCUUUGCGAAGCCCUUCGCUCUCUACACCCAAUGGCCCCAAACGUCCUCUCUCCCAUCGCCCCAAACUUCCUCUGUGAAAUCCUUCUCUCUCUACACCCAAUGGCCAUGGCCCCAAACUUCCUCUGCGAAACCCCGUUCUCUCUACACCUGAUGGCCAUGGCCCUCGAUCUCUCAAUUCUCGCCACAACCAACAACUUCAUCAAGAAGAAGAAGAGUAUGAAGAAGAAGAGGAAUUAAGGCUGCGGCGUGGGUCUGCAGAACUUUUGAGAAUAUAUCAACACUUUGAGCAAGAGCAUCUUGGUUCCCUAAAAGCAUCUCCUUCUUUGUAGUGGCUCGCAGCUUCUAAGCAUGAGCUUUUGAGCAAGAUCCCGAUCAUCUGGGCAUUGGUGGCCUG